GAAGGGGGUCGCUGUUGUUUCUCUGCUUUAGCACUCGACUCUCGAGUGCUAUCUGAGGAAGGAACGAUGCCUGCUGCGGAUGUGACAACGGGGGAGGACAAAACAGUGGGCAACAUUUGCAGGAUACCGCCAGAUGUACUAGGUGAAUCUUGUCGGCAUAUCCUGGCUUAUCUUCAGGGUCAAAGCAGCGGCGUCGAUUCAGCUGAAAUAUCUCAAAGUUUUCAUCGAGCUGGAGUCAGACUGGACCACGAAUCAGUGCAGAGCAUCGUCAGGCUUCUAUUGUUGACUUUCAGGAGCGCAGGAAAGAGCAGACUCUCCGGUGACCAGCUAGUUCAAAAGCUUGAAGAAGCCAACCAGAAGUGGGCGAAAGCUGUUCUUCAGAUCCUUCACAGAUUGUGGUGUGAACAUGGGGCUUUAGUUCAGGCUCAGCAGGAGCUCCAGGACACACUCAGCGUUGGUCAGCUAGUGGACGUGCAGUGGAAGCUCAGUCUGGCCGUCAGCUCCGACACGUGUCGCUCCUUAAACUCCCCUUUUGUCACUUUAUUGCUGAAGAUCGCCGAGCCGUCCGGGCAGAUCAGUCAGAGGUCUUUUGAGAUGACCGUUCCACAGUUCCAGAAUUUUCACAAGCAGCUCAAAGAGAUGGCCGCACUCAUGGAGACUGUAUGAGAUAAUGCAGAGCUAUUGAACAUCUCUCUGCUGCGGACACCAGAGGAGUCUCUAAUCUGGAUCCAAAUACAUUCCUUAUUCCCGAUAAUCUUUUUGUGGCCUAUAUGUCUGCAAAAAAGUCAUGUUUUCUACAAAAAUCUAACAUUUUCCGAGAUUUAAAAACCAAGAUCAACUUAAUUUUAUUAUUUAAUUUUCAGUCCAGUUGUGCCUGAGUGUGAGAAUAAACUUUGUUAAACUGUG